CAGGUUCUUCCUCGCAACAAAAAUGGCGGCUCCUUUAACAUUCCUGCUAAUAGUGGCUGUGACAAUAAGAGCCGUUUUAUUCCGAUCCAGUUUGGCAGAAAUAAUUUCAGAAAGGGUCGAGGUGGUGUCGCCUUUGAAUGCGUGGAAACGAGUUGUGGAGGGUCUUGCCUUGUUGGAUCUUGGGGUCUCGCCUUACUCAGGAGAUGUGUUUCAUGAAACACCCCUUAUCAUAUACCUCUUUCAUUUUGUGGUCGACUAUGCAGAGCUUGUUUUUAUGAUAGCAGAUGGAAUCACAGCAGUGGCUCUUUAUCUCUCAAUCCAGACUUAUAACAAGAAUGUGUUUAGAAAACAGAAAUAUGCCUUGGAAUCGGACCGGUAUCCCGCCGACUGUUUGGAGCUCCUCCAAUCUCCUAAGGAGAUGUUCUACAUCCCUCUCAAAGUUGCCAUGUUUUAUCUGUUGAACCCCUUCACCAUCCUGUCUUGUGUGGCAAAGUCGACUUGUGGGCUGAACAAUGCCAUUAUUGCGCUCUUCAUUCUCUGUACAUUAAAAGGUAGUGCCUUGUUGAGCGGGAUAAUGUUGGCCUUGGCCACAUAUCAAUCCAUCUAUCCUCUGACCCUGUUUGCUCCUGCACUACUGUUCCUCCUGCAGAGGUUGUAUAUCCCAGUGAACCUGAGGAGGAGUAGUUUCUGGUCCUUCACUCUUCAGUAUGCGUUCAUAUAUGUGGGCAGUCUGGUGGUGAUCACUGGACUCUCCUUCUUUCUCCUGGGCUCCUGGGACUUCAUCCCUUCUGUCUACGGAUUCAUAUUUUCUGUUCCAGACCUCACUCCAAACAUAGGACUCUUCUGGUACUUCUUCGCAGAGAUGUUUGAGCACUUUCGUCUCUUUUUCAUCUGCGUCUUCCAGAUCAAUGUCUUUUUUUACACCAUCCCGCUUUCCGUCAAACUCAAGGAGCAUCCAGUAUUCCUCAUCUUCAUGCAGAUUGCCAUCAUCUCCAUCUUUAAGUCGUACCCCACCGUGGGAGAUGUCGCCCUCUACAUGGCAUUUUUGCCAGCCUGGAGUCACCUCUACCGAUUUUUGAGAAACAUCUUUCUGGUGUCAUGUGUGCUGUUGGCGUGCUCAGCGCUCUUUCCUGUACUCUGGCACCUGUGGAUAUACGCUGGCAGUGCCAACUCUAAUUUCUACUACGCCAUCACGUUGCUCUUCAACUUUGGACAGAUCCUCCUGGUGUCAGAUUAUUUCUAUGCCUACCUGCGUCGAGAACAUCACCUGACGCACGGCCUCUACCUGAAGAAGGAAGAUGGCACUGAAGCCACUCUUGUGUUAAAGUGACCUUCUUUCACGGGACUAAGACAUCUCACCGUCUGCCUCACACUCCCAUAUCUUUACUUGUUUUUUUAACUUUCCAUUCACACUACUGUUUUACUUUCACCUCAAUUUCCCUCUCCUCUCCUUUCUUUUCUUUUUA